AGCCAAAGCUCCAUCUUCCAUUUCCGUGUUUGGACUUCCAUUUUUUUAUUGAACUUUCCAGGUUCAUCGUCGUCCACCUGAUUCUUGAUUCUCCAUUCAUACCUCUUCCCCUUCCGCGGUGUCAUCCAAAAUUUCAAAAGAUCGGUUGUUCUUAAGCUCUUAGUUGAUGGGCACAAUUAAACCGUUUAGGGAAUCCUCUAAAGCCUCUUCGAAUUCUUCUCAUCCUCCGCCGGUGACUUCCUCUACCGCUCGAUUCGAGACCGUUAAUGUUUCGCAUGAUUUCAAGAUCAAUGGGUACUCCCUCAACAAAGGUAUGGGAAUUGGGAAAUACAUUACAUCGGAUACGUUUGUCGUCGGUGGGUACGAGUGGGCUAUCUAUUUCUAUCCCGAUGGUAAGAGUAUGGAGGACAACGCGGCUUACGUCUCUAUUUUCAUAGCGCUUGUCAGCGAUGGCGCCGAUGUUAGGGCUCUUUUUGAAUUGACGCUUUUCGAUCAAAGUGGAAAGGGGAAUCAUAAGGUGCAUAGCCAUUUUGAAAGGAGGCUGGAGAGCGGUCCAUACACCCUCAAGUAUCGUGGAAGCAUGUGGGGUUAUAAACGUUAUUUCAAAAGAACGGUUCUGGAGUCAUCAGAUUACCUUAAAGAUGAUUGCCUCUCAUUUAAAUGUGUUGUUGGGGUUGUUAAAUCACAAACGGAGGGGCCUAAAAUCUAUUCUAUAACAGCGCCUCCCUCCGACAUCGGUCAGCAAUUUGGGAAGCUUUUGGAGAGUCGUAAGUGUGCAGAUGUUAAUUUUGAAGUUGAUGGUGAAAUAUUUCCAGCACACAAGUUGGUCAUUGCAGCACGUUCACCUGUAUUCAGGGCACAACUUUUUGGCCCAUUGAAGGAUAAGGAUACUCGAUGCAUUAAGGUUGAGGACAUUGAAGCUCCUGUAUUUAAGGCAUUACUUCAUUUCAUGUACUGGGACAAUUUACCGGACAUGCUUGAGCUUGUUGGUGCAAACUCUAGGUGGGCAUCAACUUUGAUGGCUCAACAUCUUCUUGCAGCUGCAGAUCGUUAUGCAUUAGACAGGCUUAAAUUGCUUUGUGAGGCUAAACUCUGUGAAGACAUCGCCAUAAAUACUGUGGCGACUACUUUAGCUUUAGCAGAGCAGCACCAUUGUUUCCAAUUGAAAGCUGCAUGCCUCAGAUUUAUAGCCAUGCCUGAAAACUUAAAAGCCGUGAUGCAAUCGGACGGAUUCGAUUAUCUCAAGGAAAGCUGCCCAGCUGUUCUUACUGAGCUACUACAAUAUGUGGCAAGAGUGACCGAGCACAACGUCCUCGCUUCUGGAUUCGGGAAUAUGACCUUUUUAGAUGGCAGCGAUCUGAACGGAAGACGUGUGAAGCAAAGGUUAUAUUGACCCGAACGAUGAACGAUGAGCGAUGGGAAGCAGCAAAUGGCAAGGGAAACCAUUGGCCUAUUAGGAUUACACAUUUUUUUUCUUUUUCAUGUAUUCAAUUCAUGCUCUCUCUAUUCUUGUAUGAAUUAUAAAUUAGUGUUCCUAUUUUGUUGAUGCUUUGUUGAAGUCAAAUGAAGUAACAUUGGCCA